GAAGUCAUUGCAAGAAAAAAAUAAUUUGAAGCCCAGCUGUCACCAAAACCUAUAUGCUUCAUACAGCUUUUGCGGUACAUUAACCUUGUGAUAUUCUGUUUUGUGACGCAAUUAUACUAUUUGCUGCCAGCCUUCCCAAGAAACAUAACGCACGAGGUUUAUUUUAUGGGUACAUGAUUCCUGUUUCUGUACAGAAAGUGUCAGUUGGCACUAGAAGAAUGGGAGCGACAAUAUUGUUCUUAAAACUUGUUGAUUUGACGUGUCUGCGUAGUUUUUCAUUUCAUUAAAGAAAACUGGGCGGGAUAAGAGAUACUUUGAUUUGUCGGUCUAGGCAGUUGCACACUCCCUUUUCCUACCUAGGAAAUAAACUUAAAUGGAAGCUCGAGUCUGUGGGAAAAUCUCUGGAAAUACCUACCGAUAGACUUUGCGAAAGCAUGCAGUGCGUGGAAGAGCCCCAUGACCGCCUGGCCUGUGCCCUGUGCUGUAGCAGUCUUCCAAUUUGGCAUCGUUCUGAUACUAAAGAACUACAAAAACACAUCCUGCCAUGAAAUAUUUUACUUGCACACUAUACUUUCAUUCUCACUAACAUUUGGAAAUUGUUUGGUGGCUCAUGUAGCACACGCAUUUAUGAGUUUUUGUGUUGGUUUUUAUAGUAGUAGUACAUCAGAUGUCCAAAUACAGUAACCGUAUCUCAGUAGAGUUACUGUACUGCAGGCAAAGGGGAAACCAUUGGACCAUACUGAAUAAGUUCACACACAGUACACUUCCUACUAAACCUGCAUAUGUUUCACCAGCCGCAAUAAGAGAACACAGCAAAUCAUAGAACAAAGGAGUUGUUUUAUAUUAUAAAGAAAAAUACAUUAUUCAGUUCAGACACCCUAGCUAGCACAGAACCAGGGCUUGUUUAUGACCCCGGGGCCAAAGACUUAAGGCUGAAGGAUGGCUCGGAAUUCACACGCCAGCUCCAGUGGGUCUCAGUAUGCUCUCUGUGCUCUGGGGGUUGGCCUGAUCGCUCUGGGCGUGGUAAUGAUUGUGUGGAGCAUGGUCCCAGGAAACACAGUGCCUUCUGGGAACAGCAGCAAACCAGAGCUGGGUCCAGAGACGGACUCCACCAAGGGGAAGACCUCAUCUGUGGCGUUUGUUCUGGUGGGGAGCGGAGUGGCUAUGCUGCUGCUUUCUAUCUGCCUGAGUAUCCGCCACAAACAUUGGCAAAAUCGACACGAGGCUGAGGCCACUGGCGUGGAAUACGAGGACAGCGAGUCUCCAGAUGAAAGGCCGGAAGUGCCAGAGGGGCACGUCCCGGCGUAUAAUGUUCCCAGCUAUGAUGAAGUGGUCGGGAGCAGCGACUACCCAGUGAGACAGAGCAACCUCCACAACAGCCUCUCCCUCCCCUCCUACGAGUCGCUAGCGGAUGCAUUGGCGAUAGAAGCCUCUGCGGAAGCUGCCACCAACACAGAUGGGCCGACCCCUGCCCCUACUGCCGCUGCCGCCACACAGCAGCCACCACAGCAACAGGCAGGUCGCCAAAAAGCACGCUCCAGCAAGAAGUUCAAACCAUUAAAGGUUCGCAGGAUCAAGUCUGACAAAUUGCACUUGAAGGACUUCAGGCUUAAAAUCCAAAACUCGAACAGCAGCAGACCAGUCACCAUUGAGCCUUUGACCCCCCCACCAAUGUAUGACAAAGAGAUUCAAGAUAAAAACCUGCCUGUGUAAACCUGACCUGACAGGCUUGCCACAGUGGGGAGCCACUGUCUCGCUCUGAAAAACCACUGCAGUGCAAAUCGGCCAACCUAGGAACCUGACCUUUUUUUAAAAGGUGUUUUUAAAGCACUUUUUACUUAAAAAAUGUACUUGGAUCUUCUUUAAGAUAUGUUGGGGACCUUCUGCGAGUUUGUGUUCAUAGGGACGCUAAUAUUGUGUACCAAGAGCCAAGUUAGAUUUUUAAAAAAUAGGAGGCAUGGGAGAAUGAGAUUACAGGCAGUCUACUUUGAUAAAGUGAUUUAGCGCUGAAUUCUGUCUUAUGCAUUUUGAGUCUGAUGUUCCUACUGUAGAGUAACCUGGCUUAUGUUUGUUUUGAAAGUUUUUUUUUUUUUUUUUUUUGAGCGGGGGGUGGUUUUGAGCUCUGAUGGCAAGGACAUAUCUUGGGAGUUCAAGAAGCUAAAGACCUAUGGAGGGAAUUGAACGUACACUACAAAGGAUAAAGCAGUGGAUCUAGUUUAACAAUCACAGAUCUUGAUAACUAUCUUCUACUUUUUUAUUUAGUAUUAUUAUUGGUAGUAUUUAUUAUACAGGUGCAAAUUGACCCUUUAAUUCAAUCAAUGAUUCCUGUGUUUUCAUUUGGUGUCAUUUUGGAUAUGACAAAGAAGGAUCUGUCACCUGGGCGCAAAACUUCAACCAAAAAAAUGCCUGUUUUGUUUUUCUUUUUGUACACAGAUUCCUGUGCAUGUGUUUUUUUUUAUCUUGUAUUGAACUCCUUAGAAGAUUAACAUACCAUGGCAUGUGAUAUUGCCAAGCUCAUGUCUGUUAGAACUUGUUCAAUUUGUAUUCUGACAGUAGGUGAGGUUAGUGAGUGGGCAGCUGUACAUGAAGGUGUUAAACCCUGUGACUUUCAAUUUUAUGUCUGCAAUAUGAAUUUCUAAUAAAGUACAUUAUGAGCACUGACACUGAUGGGGAAAUAUAAAAGAUUGACUGUAUUAACAAAAGCAAUUUGGUUUAUUUUAAGAAGAAACAGGAGAAAGACAUGUUUGUAAUCCACUACUGUCUUAAAAGAAGGAAUUUCAUUUUUUAAAACAUCAGUCAGGACUGCAAUCCCUGGUCAAGUGCCAACUGCCACUGCAUUUUUGAUCAUUUUAAUUAUCAAAACAGGGUGCUGUGUAUAUUCCUCCCUCCCCUCCCUGCUGAAUCAUAAAACACAAUGAUGAAAAGGACACUUAUUAAAAUGUUUGUUUACUAAGUUUCUUUAGUUUUACUUGAUUUCUAAACAAUACCCAAGCUGUUUUAAAUUGAAUUAGCAAUCUCACAGUAAUUAAAAGGAAUCAAGCUGCUUCCUGGCCCCUUGCCUGCAUGCACAAUGACAUGUGAGGGGAGCUGGUGUGAAGUGCUGUCAGCAGUGGUGCCAGUGAGACAUUCUGUAUCAAGAUGGAAAAGGAGAACUUGGCAAACUUCUAAAGGGAGUGGUGUUCGGAAUUCCUAAUAGACACGCCAGGGCAGCACAUGGGCUGCUGCAUAACAAUGUUCUAAACUUUACUACAGCGUCUCGCCCACCAAUACAAACACUGACAUCUGAUUGGCAUUCCUGGUCACCUGCUUUAUCUUGAUGACCCCUGACCAACAGUUUCUUCCACUUUCUUAAACGUCAGGUAGCUUAUUCUCAAACGUGUGAUUUAUAAAAUGCGCUUCUACAAAAAGAAACAUCUAUACAAUAGUGAUGGUUUGCUGUGGAGCUUCUGUUGCAACAACCUUGUCAACUGUUUGCAGCAGCCCUUGAUGGCACUUCCCAAACCCACCUGAGCAUAUGAUUACGGAAAUUGUUUUUUUUGUUUUAUGAUUGAAAUCAACAUUGAACACAAACAUGUAUUUAAUGACUUUUAAAAAAAAUGAAUGAUGUCUGCCUCUCAAUGUUUCGCGAGA